AUGGAUGCACGAGAAAUCAAAUCCAAAGGCAAUGCCUUACUCAAGGCCAUCGCGGCAAAAGAACCCGCCCAAAACGUAAUGACCAUCUUGCGCGACCUGAAAGCAAAUGUCCGACCUAGCGAGGAAUUACUCAGAGCAACGGGAAUUGGCAAAACUGUGAACAAAGUCAAAGGCGUCCCAAAUCUUGACUCCCAAGUCACACAACUCGCCUCCGAGAUUAUCAGUCGAUGGAGACAUUUGGUCAACGAACAGAAACUGGCUAGUGGCACUUCUACACCGAAUGGAAUGAGAUCCAAUGGGACCAGUUCGCCAGCACCAAAGGCCAUGACGCCCGUCCCCAAAGCCGCAAGCCCGGGCAUUGCGCCGGACAAGCGGAAUUGGAAAGUCGACAAAGUGCCUCGCGACGAACUCACCAACGACACCGCACGCAACAACUGUAUGGGACUAAUCUACGACGGCCUGUGCCUCGGCUCCGAACUGCCCAUGAAACAAAUUCUGGAUCUGUCCAAACAAAUUGAAUCCGCCGCCCUCAACCUGCCCGAGGCCAGAGGGUCUUCCAACUCUCCUGUCUACAAAGACAAGAUCCGCUCCCUGUACCAGAACCUCAAGAACAAGUCAAACCCAGGUCUCCGCAAACGAAUACUCAGCGGCGAGGUGACGCCCGUGCACUUCGUGACCAUGACCCACGAGGAGAUGAAAUCCAAACAGCAGCGCGAAGAGGACUUGAAGAUCGCCAAGGAGAACAUGAACAACGCCAUGGUUGCGCAGGAAGAGAAAUCGGUCAGCACCAGUCUGGAAUGCGGCAAGUGUCAUCAGAAGAAAGUCAGCUAUUCACAGGCCCAGACGAGAAGUGCGGAUGAACCGAUGACGACGUUCUGUGAGUGUUUGAAUUGCGGGAAUCGGUGGAAGUUUUCCUGA